ACCCAAACUCCCAAAGCAAAACACUCCCUUUUGCCCAGCUCGUCGCGACACCACCCGCCGCCGAUCCCCGAUGGCGCCGAAGGCCGAGAAGAAGCCCGCGGAGAAGAAGCCGGCGGAGGACAAGGCCGGCGAGAAGGCGGAGAAGGCCCCCGCGGCGGGGAAGAAGCCCAAGGCCGAGAAGAGGCUGCCUGCGUCCAAGGGGGAGAAGGGCGGCGAGGGCAAGAAGGAGCGCGGCCGGAAGAAGGGCAAGAAGAGCGUCGAGACGUACAAGAUAUACAUCUUCAAGGUGCUCAAGCAGGUGCACCCCGACAUCGGGAUCUCCUCGAAAGCCAUGUCCAUCAUGAACUCGUUCAUCAACGACAUCUUCGAGAAGCUCGCCGGCGAGGCCGCCAAGCUCGCGAGGUACAACAAGAAGCCCACCAUCACCUCCAGGGAGAUCCAGACCUCGGUCCGCCUCGUCCUCCCCGGCGAGCUCGCCAAGCACGCCGUCUCCGAGGGCACCAAGGCCGUCACCAAGUUCACUAGCUCUUAGGCAGUUAGGUUCUUCCAGCGAGUCUCUGGCAGCGGUGGUAGUUGCCGUGCCUGUCUCUGUUUCUCCGUCUCGUUUCCCUGUUGGAUGUGUCUAGUGCUUGCUGAUUAUUGUAA